UCACCUUUGAUGUGUCCUUUGACCUCUGAUAACUAACUUGACUCUAUAUGUAGCACACCUCGUGAUUGUUUACAAAAUUCAAAAGAAGGGAGAGUGAAAUCUAUGGUGAAAUUGAAAGUACAGAUACAAUAUGGCUACAGAUGACAGCAACUUCUACAGUCAGAUUGCAGCCAGUUUGGCUGACAACAGCUUUGAUGACAGUGAUGAGGAGCCUGUGAAGCUCACCUCUGCUGAUACUAAAAAUCUGGCUCAGACGGUGGACGUAGAUGACAUGGAUGCCAGCCUUUUCAGCUCGUUAACGAGUGGAACCAGUCGGAGAAGAAACUCUCAAAAUCAGAAGAAUAAAACCACCACCACUCCAAAUCCACCAAAAGAGACAUCUGUGGGUGCUCCAAGUGUGCCUCUUGAAGGAGGAAAUAAUAGGAGAGUUGAGGUGGUGAAGAAAAGUGAUGUGGGAAAAAACAAAGAAGUCAAAGCUGCUGAAAAUAGCAAGCCCAAAUUCGAUUUUGAGGAUGACAUCCUGGACAUUCUUUCUGACGGGGACAAUGAACCUCCUAAGAAAAGGGGAAAACCGAAAAUUAAGUUGAACAAGAAAUCAGAACCUAUAAAGACAGACAACAACCCGAUCACUUCAUUAUUUGACAAUGACCCACCAUCCCUGGAGCUUGAACGACCUGGAACUAGCAGGGGGACUUCCCUUACAGAUAAGGCACAUAGGGGAAACUCCGUUACAAUAGACACUUCCACUCCAGUCCCCGAUGUGCUGAAGUUAGACACACAGGUUAUGACACCUCGGAAACUAAACGAUUCUAAAGCUGCUGUUACCUUUGACGAUGAUGAUGAUGACAUUUUGGGUGGUCUGGGUUUCGAUAAUGAAAAGCCAAAAUCUAAUAGUAGAUCAACUGCAACCGCAACCAGUUCUAGACUUGAUGAUUUACUUGGAGUGAACAAGCCGAACAAGACAGCAGUGAAAACUAUAUCAAAAUCAACAAACUCACAGGACAGGAAAGAAGCAAAGACUACUACUGCCGAACCUGGUGACAGUUUUCAAUUUGGUAGCUAUGUUCCUUCAUCAGUAGAUAACUCCAGUGGACCUCUAAGGAGAGGUAGCCUCAAAGUUCCUUCAGGAAGGAGAAGGGGAACUAGUGGUGAGAUAGACAGCAGCCUUGUCACGAGACCAAGUACCGCUGAGCCUUCCCUGACAAAGAAAUCGGUACACUUUGCUGAAAAAUUGGAGAGACCAUCAUCAUCUCCUUCAGCAGCUGAUCCUACACGUAUGAGCGAAGAAAAUGGUCUGUCCACUAGUAGUCAAUCUCAAGACGAUUUUGGGUUGAAGAAGCCACCGCAACUUGAGAAGAGAGAUCCAGCCCUGGAGGACAACGUGACCGUCAGUGGGGUGGAGAAUCAAACACUCCCUGAAAGCUUGACAAUGGAUGAAAGCCUGUUUCUCGAUGCGUCUAAGCAGCCUCUGAGUAGUUCUGGUAGGAGGAGAACAGCCUCCAGCUCUGCUCUAUUUGAUGACCAACUACCCAGUGCUGAUGUUGAGCCUGACGACGUUGCCAGUACCUCCUCAAGAGACUCCACCACGACUAAACUCACAACAGAGGACACUGAGAAACUUAAGCACCCUGUAUUCCCUUGGCAAAGAGGUGGCAGAUCAUCAUCUACAGAGACCUCUGCAAGUAGAAGAAAAAAUACUUUGCAGACAACAACUGGAAUCGAGCAGCCACAGUCAAACACAUUUAAAGCAGAAGCGUUACCUGGCAGUCAUGGACCUUCCCUAAACCAAACUUCCAAUCUUGCAUCCUUCCAACAGCAGCUUCUCCAACAGCAGAAACAAUUUCAAGAGCAGCUGGCCAGUUUUCAGACUGAGAGUAACAGUGCAGUUGCUACAGCCAGGGCCACCUCCACAACUGAGAUUGAAAGACUGCAGGGAGAGGUGAAGAGUACUGGAGAGAGGGUGAAGGAGCUGGAGGGAGCCUUGGAGAGAAAAGAUGGGGAGCUCUCUGAUAAGCAUAAAAUCCUCAAGGAUACUGAACAAGAACUUUUAUCUUCCAAAGAGGCCAGAUUAAAGCUAGAAGAGAAAUGUAAAGAGACUGCUGACAAACUGAAUGCCCUUGAUAAGGAAGCUGCCCAAGUGAAGCACAAGUUGAAUGCUCAAGUUGAAGAACUCAAAAUGAAGCUCUAUAAGAUUGAAUUGGAGAGAGAGCAACUACAGCACACGAUUGAGUCAACGAAAAAUAGGCACAGCGAGGAAAUCGAAUCUAUACAAAAGUCGAAUGAGUUAAAACUGAAAGCUUUGGAAGAGUCUGUUCAGAGAAGAGAAGCAAGAUGGAAAGAAGAAACAGUGGCUGAUUCAACAAGAUUUCAAGACAAACUAACUUUUUUAGAGCAUGAGAAAACAGAUGCUGUUUUAGCGUUAAAGAAAAGGAUUGACACAUUGGAAAUCAGCAAGACGAAUGAAAUUGGUCGUCUCAAAGAUGUGCAUUACUCAGCCAUUGAAGACCUGAAGAGAGAGCAUGAGCUGGACAAACAGCACCUAUUGAACUUACACAGGCAAGAGCUUGAAGCAAUCAAAGCUGCCCACUCCCACACAAGAAUGCUCUCAGACCUCAGUCGUAAGGUUGAGGUAUCUACAAGGGACAUGUCUCAGUUGCAGGCAAAACUGGAGAAUACACACUCAACAGAACUUGACGAAAGAAUGCAGAGAGUUAAAACUCAUGAGGAACACUUGAAAAUAUUGGAAGCUCAACUGAUGAAGCAAAAAUCUGAGAACAACACUGAGAGAGACCAACUUCAGUCACUCAUAGCCAAAAUGGAGUCUCAUGUCUCACAGCAAAAAAAGCAAAUGGAGCACGAGAGGUGGCAGCUACAACAAGACAUGGCCAAACGUACAGCUCAACAAAAUGCUUUUGAAGAUGAGAGGACCACAACGCUAAUGAAAUUUGAAACAGAGCGGGAAAGAUUGGAACAAGCCAAGGAGAAGUUUCUUUCCGAGCAGCAAGAGAUUUUAUCGAAGUGUUACGGAGAGAGGCGGUCGAUUGCGAGUGAGAGAGCUGAACUGUCUAUACUGCAGAAGAAAGCUUUGGAGAGGGAACGGAGUAACAAGCAACUUAACAUACAGAGUGAGGCAGAGAGAGAGACAUUGUCCAAUCAAAUGAUGGAGGAUAGAAGUCAGUUGGUGGCCGAGAGAACAGCACUAAGGGAAGAGCAGGAGCAGCUAAAACUGAACAGAGAGGCUGCUGCUAGGGACAGGGAAAAACUGGAGGCGUAUGGAGCAGAGAUACAGCAACGCUCUCAAGAGAUUGAGCAGAUUACUGAGACUGCCCUGAUCGUGAGGGAGAAGGGUGAACAGAGUCUGGCUGAAAGUCAGAGGCUACAGGAAGAGCUCUCACAACAGGAGCAAGCACUACGGACACGGAAAGGGGAUCUUGUGGAUAGAGAGAAACAACUCGCUCUGGAGCAAUUGUCUGUAGCCCAGGAGAGGAGGCUCCAGCACCACAAGGUGAUGUCCUUGAGCUCCUCCGUUCCUGAACCACCCACGGAGGAGGUGAAUCACACCAACCCACUACUGCUUUCUUCGCUGAGAGCGCAGGAAUCACAGGAGUCCUUGUUGAGUGUCUCUAAUGCUAGUCUAUUGAGCUAUAAAGGGCCGAUUGAAACACUGUCAGCCUCAGCUUACCAGAGCUACAGUCCCAGAGCCAGUCCUCUCCAUGUGUCUGCCCUCAAUAAGACUACUCAUGUCAACACCCUCCUCACCAAGAUGGACCACAGCCGCAACGUCAGACAGUGGGUGCUUGAAGCAAAGAAGGAUGAUGAAUAUCUCGAGCAAGAAACAAACUUUAUACAGAGCCUGCAAUCCAAUCCAUACGUUUACUAGAAUUUACUAGAUUAUAGAACCAUGUAGAACGUUAAAAAUCAUGUACAGGUACAAUAAGUUAAUGUAUGAUGGUGUCCUGACAAAAUAAUGCUAUUUCUUGUUGAAAAAUUAUAAACAUUUUAACUGUUGA